UUAAAUCAUCCAUUUCAGCAUGUGAUAACAAUAUUCAGUACAACAUCCUCAUGCUAUUAAAUUGGAAAAUUCGCUCCAUCUUAUGCUGAUAGAAAGACAACACAUCACUAAAGGGUAUUAUGACAUCCACAGUAGAAAAUAAUGCCAGCAAACCGCUGUUGGCAGGUAGUGAAGUUAAUGCUGAAGCAAACCCUAACUCAGCUGGAUACGGUACAUUCGAGGGAAGACCUCGUUUUACAAGGAAAAAGCUGUUCAUAGUUGGAUGUAUUUUGAUGACCGAAUUAUGUGAACGUUUGACGUAUUACAGUGUGGUAGCCAAUUUGAUAUUGUAUUGUACAUCUACUCUUGAUAUUUCUUCGACUGGUGCAGCAAGGAUCAGUUUAAUAUUUUCGGGUUCGGUGUUUAUUGUACCAAUCUUCGGAGGAUAUUUGGCGGACGCUUUUGUAGGAAAGUAUAACACCAUAUUAGGAUGUGGACUAAUUUACGUCAUUGGGUUAUUUUUACUACCAGCAUCGGCUGUUGACUACAAGACUUGGUUUGGACCUCAUAACGAAAUAUCUACCGAAACAAGAAGAGGAUUUUUCUUGACAUCGCUUGUCCUAAUUGCUAUAGGGACUGGAGGUAUAAAGUCUAAUGUUGGACCAUUUGGUGCUCAACAGGUUGAAAAUCUGGGACCACAAGCUGUGCAGUCUUUCUUUAAUUGGUUUUAUUGGUUUAUAAAUGUAGGUGCUAUAAUUGCCUACUCUGGAGUAGCAGCUGUACAACAGGAUGUUGGAUUCGAUGUUGGUUUUCUUAUACCAUUAAUUAGCAUGAUAAUAGCACUGGUUGUUUUCGUCCUGAAUAAGUCAAAGUAUAUUUCUUCACCUGCAAAAGGCAGUGUUCUCCAGGAUACCAUUGGUGUUUGUUGUGCUACCAAAUGUAAGGGUUUCAACGCUGCAAGGGAAGAUGAAGGUGGCCCGUACAGUAAUGAGAUGGUAAACGGUGUAAUAGCAGUCCUACGUAUUCUACCAGUAUUUCUAUUGGUUAUUAUGUACUGGGCAGUUUAUUCACAGAUGGGUACAACAUUUUUCUUGCAAAGUGAAAGAAUGGACAUCAAAUUAGGAUCCGGCAAUGUACCCGUAGCAGUGCUAAACAUAUUUGACACGAUCAUUAUUAUAAUUUUGAUACCAAUAAUGCAAACGGUUGUGUAUCCAUUUUUGGCAAAGAUCAACAAAUCACCUUCACAUUUACAGAGAAUGGGAAUUGGAAUGAUCUUCGCUGCAAUGUCAGUAUUUGUGGCGGGUAUUCUGGAAAUCUACCGAAAGAAGGAUAUAAGUAUAAUAGGCCAAAAACUUGCUGGUAAAACAUUUAAUGCGUCAUCUAUAUCAGUGCUUGCACAGAUACCACAGUUUACUCUGAUAGGUGCUAGUGAAGUGUUUACAAGUAUAUCAGGGUUGGAAUUCGCUUAUUCUCAAGCACCAGUGUUUAUGCAGGGAGUUUGUAUGGGAUUAUUCUUAGCAACUAGUGGAAUUGGUAGUUAUGUAGCUGAACUCAUUUUAGUAAUUGUAGAUGCCGUGACAGGAUCCCAGCCACCAGAUUCUUGGUUUCCAGAUGAAAUAAAUGAUGGAAAGACAGAAUACCUUUUCUUCCUACUGGGAAUUUUAAUGUUAAUUGACUUUGUGAUCUUCGCUAUUGUUGCAUACUUUUACAAAUACCGGAAACAAGACAACUGUGAAAUUUCCGUCACCGUUUGAUCUUAAAUGACAUGAAAUUUCCAUAAAUAACCAGGUCGUCCUUACAGUUAUGAUUCUUAUCAAGUUGUAUAUAAGCUAAUACUAACAAUGACCACUGUCCUUUCCUCGAUCUUGAUAUCUAUAUCAUUAACGGGAAGCUUAAUACAAAAAUUUAUGAUAAAAGAGAUGAUUUUUCAUUUCCUAUCGUUAAUUAUCCAUUUUUAGAUGGUGACGUUCCCUUGUCACCAUCUUAUGGUGUUUAUAUAUCUCAACUUGUACGAUUCGCCCGUGUAUGUAACAACGUAUUAGAUUUUAGCGAGAGAAAUUAAGUUUAUGUAUUACUGAAAAAUUAUUACACCAGGGUUUUCGAUAUCAUAAACUAGUCAAAACAUUUACUAAAUUUUAUCAUCGGUAUAAGGACAUCAUUCGUAAAUAUAACUCAACAUGCAGACAUCUUAAUAUACGUUCGGGUAUUUCACAUCCAAUCUUUUAUGGUAAUAUUCUUUACAAAGCACAAAAAUGUCAGUAUUCACCUCAAAAGCUAACAAAACCUUUAAACAGACUUAUUAAGAAGGGAUAUAGUUACGAUACUGUUGUCAGGUCAUUAAAGAUUGCAUAUUUUGGCUUUAAUAUUGAUUCACUUAUAGGGUCUUUGCAUCGGAAUUAAACAUAUUUAUUCUAAAACCAGUUGUUGGCAUGACACGGGUUAUGUUCUUCUCAUAUAUUUUAUGAUGGUAUAAUACUAAACCCCUAACAGGAGGGAUUGUGCCUGAUAUUCAUAUGAUGAAGACGUAAUCUUUCCAUCAGUUUAAUUGAGGUCUGGAGCUGGCAUGUCAGUAACUGCUAGUAGUCUGUUGUUAUUUAUGUAUUAUUGUCAUUUUGUUUAUUUUCUUUUGUUUCCUAUUCUGACAUCGGACUCGGAUUUCUCUUAAACUGAGUUUUACUGUGUGUACUGUUGUACGUUUGUUUUUUCUACAUUGGCUAGAGGUAUAGGGGAGGGUUGAGAUCUCAAAAAACAUGUUUAACCCCGCCGCAUUUUUGCGCCUGUCCCAAGUCAGGAGCCUCUGGCCUUUGUUAGUCUUGUAUCAUUUUUAAUUUUAGUUUCUUGUGUAUAAUUUGGAGUUUAGUAUGGUGUCCAUUAUCACUGAACUAGUAUGCAUAUUUGUUUAGGGGCCACCUGAAGGACGCCUCCGGGUGCGGGAGUUUCUCGCUGCAUUGAAGACCCAUUGGUGGCCUUCGGCUGUUGUCUGCUCUAUGGUCGGGUUGUUGUUUCUUUGACACAUUCCCCAUUUCCAUUCUCAAUUUUAUGUAUUUGUUGUCAACAAUGGCAAAUUAUGUUUAAAUAACAAACAUUAUGUGUGAUUCGCUGCAUUGCAAGCAGAUAUAUUAUGGGUUAAUUCAUGUUUGUGCACACACAAAUAUGCAAAAUAUGGUGUAUGUGAUAGCUAACUUCCUAAACCUGAAAUGUAAAAUUUUUUUUUUUGUGGUCAGACACAUGCAUAUUAAUAUGUAGAGUUAUUUGCGUAUCAUUCGUCUUUUAUUCGAUGUAAUUAAGUUUUCCCUUUUUUUUUAUUGUAUAUAUAAGAUCAUCCUAUUUAUAACAUUUGUUGGUUUUUUUGUAAAAUAUUGAUAUUUCACUAUGCAUUGACUGAAAAUAAAAUAAUCAUAAAUAGUAUGGAAAAGAUACAGCACCAUAUUUGUUUAAAUAACCAAAAUAAUGCAAGCUUCUCCCUGUGAUUGACUCUCCUAUUCUCCAGGUAGCCAUCGAAGAGCAAUGGAAUAAAAAGUAAAAUAACAAAAAUACCGAACUCCAAAGAAAAAUUCAAAACGGAAAGUCCCUUAUCAAAUUGCAAAAUCAAAAGCUUAAACACAUCAAACGAAUGGAAAUCAACUGUCAUAUUCCUAACUUGGUACAGGCAUUUCCUUACGUAGAAAAUAUUGGAUUAAACCUGGUUUUAUAGCUAGCUAAACAUCUCACUUGUUUGACAGGAAUAUGACAGUCACAUUAUUCGGGUAACUUGUAUGUUUAAAGGGGAAAUCAUGCAAAACAAAUAACUGAUAUUAAACAAAUCACGAGCUGAAUCCUCGGACCAGCCAAAAACUCUUGUAGUUUGUCAACAUUUACAGGGUUGACGAAAACAUCUUAAAAGUAUUAUCAUCUCUCUUUGUAUUGUACAUGACAUCGCUGUAUGGACAGAUGACUUAGAUUUCGAACAUGCAUGUAAUAAAGUACAUGUACUUCUAAACAGUCCUUCAUAUCAUUGAAAUUAGUGAAUACUUCUCUCUUUUCCACAUAUAUUUUUUAACGACCUUGCUUAUCAAGGGAUCUGUUUGAAACAUUUUCAGACACUUUUCAAACAGAUUGGUCUUGAUUGGGGGAUUGUAAUGAACAAAAUUGAGUGGCAUGAUCGAUAUAGUUGCACAACUUGCAGGUGUUGACAGUCCACUACUAAGGAUAAAAAAUCGGGGUCGCGUGAGCUCGUCAACUUUGACUCUUUUCCCCGCUGCUUUUGGCAGAGAGUAUUCAUAUGGUAAUCAUCACAACGAUCUGGGUACAUUGAGCACAAGAUCAACCCCAACAACUAUGGCUGUAUGCUUUUGUGGUGCUUCAAAACUAGGACCAUUAUGCAGCUAGAUGUAUAUCCUUACCCUCAAUAAUACUUCUGUUUAGGAAUCUGCAUUAACUCUUUUACUGAAUUUUUUGCUGGAUAUGGUGGAAUUGAGUGUUCGAUUUGUGGCUGGCAGAAUAUGUGCAUCAAUGUGAUUUCUUGCCUGGUACCACUGCUCCAAAUUGUACUCGUUCCUGUUUUCCAACUAUCUUGGUCUUCUGUGUGCCUAAUGGGUUACAGCCUGCUGCAGAUCUGUCACAUUUUGAUCACGGAUUGUGUAAAGCUAGCAAACAUAUCCAUCAUAGCAUUAAUGUUAAUAGUAUCAGGUGUUGAAGUUCCUCUUCGUGUCUGAAUAUCCACAAGACCACAUGCACAAGACAUUUGAAGAUCACUGUUCAAUGAUGAAGUAGUUUCCUUCCCAGAAUCUAUUUGAUUUUGGUGUGCUUUGAUCAUUGUUCAACAGGUUUUCGUAUUCAGGGGUUGUCACAAAAGAAUGUAUGUUCCUUUUAAGUAAUGUUUGCUCAUGAUUCUACAUAAUCUGUACUGAACUUUGCAAAUAUUUCUAUAUAUAGUUGUUUUAACACAAAUUUAGGCAGACUUUUUGAAAUAGUUAUAUUUAUUUUUUAUAAAUUCUCCUUGAACUGCUGAGCAGUCCAGUUUUCAUGCAUGUGUAAGUUUUUUUACCUGAUUUACGAUAAGCUAAAUUUGAUUUGUUUGACAUUGUUUGUAGCUUACUGGAACUAUGUAACAGUUUGUAAAUUGAAAAUAACUUAUAAUUCACUUGUAAUUGUAUUUAGAAUUCAUGAAAUGAUCCAAAGAAUAAUAAAUAAAAUCCAAAGAAAACUUGCUUAUGCAAAAGUUUGGGAACAUUCUAAUUUUAAUGUUUCAUCUUUGACCAUCUUUAGUAAAACAAAACUAUUACAUUUGUUAUCAACAGCUAAACUUAAACUGAUGGAUAGAAAAAAAAGGAGAUAUGGUACAAUGUAUGUGAUUGUCAAGGAGACAACUAUCCAUCAGAGUUCAAAUGACGAGUUCCCAAGCAGCCUGGGAUAAUAUGAGAAAGGUAGAACCACCACUCAUUUCCUAACCAAAUACGGACAGAAAGAAUUCCUAAUCAAAUAAGAACAGAACAUUAGUGCUUAAAGGCAAGGAACACAUACAUUAUCUCUUGAAUGAACAAUGUUUAUACACA